AUGCGGCCUUUCUUAUUUGCAAAGCCGGAUCCAUUCUCAAGAUCGUUCUUCUCUUUCGACACAACGCUGCCUUUCCUACUUGCAAAGCCAAAUCUGUUCGACACCACGCAGUCUUUUCUAUUUGCAAAGCCAGAUCUGUUCGAAACAACGCUGCCUUUUCCUUUGCAACACAUUGCCCCUCUGUAUAACGAACUUUCGAACAAUUGGACCAUGGACGAACCAACUGUGUGUCCAAAACUUAAGCGUAAGCGGCUAGGUAUUGCCUGCAAUAACUGUCGUUCGAAGUGUAUACGGUGUGAUGCAAGACGGCCAUGCCACGAAUGUGAACGAGAUGGCGUGGAGUGUAUCACCACUAAAAUUGAUAAAUACCGAAAUGGGGCGUCUAUCGCUAAGCAACGACGCGCUGUUGACUUGACUCGCGAGCCUAGUGAGGCCCUACCGACGGAUGCAAUUGAUCCAAGCUUCUGGACCUUGCCGAGCAGUUUUGAAGACCUUGUGCCUCAGACACCAGAGGUACCAUGUCGUGAUGCCUUUGUAACGCAACGCGUCUAUUCAAUUUGCAAGACACGAAUCAUCUACACAACGAAUCAAAUGAGCCUCUGA